AUGGGUGAGCCUGGCCCAGGAGGAACCUACAGCCUUUUACUGGAGCAAGAAGUUUCUACAAAACACAUGCUGGCUUGUUCAAGAAGAUCCUGCUGGGCCUGUUUGGGUACCACUGCCACAAACACCCUGGCUGUGGCAAGAAGCAUCUUUGUGGGGUUGACAGAAGCACCCCUGCUCAUCCAUCUAUAUCUUGCAGACAUCAUGCCUUCUGAAAUCCAUGCAGUGAUGACUGGAGCGUUUGCCACCAUUUUGGUCAUUGUGUUGGGAGCUCCAGCAUCCUUAAUUUCUGCCUCUGUGGUGGCUGCCCCUUCUGCUCUUGCCUUGUCAAAGCUGGUAAAUCAGAGGAAGGCCAAGUUCAAGAAUAGAAGGGGGUAAAAUUACCCUGUGGGUAAGGAGGAGAAUAAUGUCCUGGAAGCUGCCAGCAAUGGAGCCAGGGACGCCAUAGGCCAUAUUGAUAACCAUUAGCAGCCAUCCUGAUUAUCUUUUUUGACUGUGGUGUCCUUCAUCAGUGCUGCCCUCUCCUGGCUAAGAGAAUUGGUAGACGUAUAAAAUCUUUCCACCCAGGUCAUCUGCUCCUAUAUCCUAAGGCCCAAUUUCAUGAUGGGUGUAGAGUGAGCAGAAUGACCAGUGGUAGGUGUGAUGGUAGGGAUCAAGUUUUUCACAAAUGAGUGUGUAGCUCAGCAACUAUCUCAAUACAAGAACAGACAUCUUUUUGGAAUGUAAGAGUGGAUUGAAGACAAACAGUGGCUUUCAGUGAGAGCUGAAAUCAUUAUUUUUAACACUGUGGAUUUUGCCAAUCUCAGUUCCAUAGGAAUCACACUGGGAGGCUUGACCUCAGUGGUACCUUGCCAGAAGAGUGACUUGUCCAAGAUUGUGGUCAGUGCUAUCUUCACAGGGGCCUGUGUAUCCCUUAUCAGUGUCUGUGUGGCAGGUAGAAUCCUCUAUGUCCUCAGGGGAGCUGAAACUGACUGUGUCCCCUUCCUAGACACAGAUUUCACCAGUAGAACCUAUGAAACCUAUGUGUGCUGCAAAGGCUGCUUUCAGAUCGAGCAGGAAAAUCCGGUACCAAAUGCGACCUUAGCAAAAGCUACGCCGCCUCCUCCUAGGGCCAAGAAGCGCCUCCCGAGAAGCACCAAACUUGGUGGGAGGAGUCGGCGGCCGGUCAAUCCUGGGAGGCCAAGUAGAAAAAUGAUUGCUAUUCAAGCUGGCAAUUCCCGCAAAGACAGAAUUGACUUCAUUUAA